AUGCCGGCCUGGGAUCCGAAUCAGCCAGUUCCACAGGACACCAAAUUCAUCCACACGAAGCCUAACCGCUUCGAGGAAGUGGCUUGGUCUAAAUACAACCCAAAAGACCAGCUUUAUCUACACAUUGGACUAAAGCCAAGGGUGAGAGAUCACUAUCGUGCAACUAAGGUUGCCUUCUGGUUAGAGCUGGUACCUCAUCUUCAUAACAUCAAUGAACUCUUUCAAUACGUCUCGACCACUACUAAGAUACCUCCUCAGGAUACUACGCCAUUCCCGUACACUAAGAGACUGGGUAAAACAUGGCCGUCCACGACACGUCAUCCUGGUGUUCCUCCCGCCAACACCAAACAAACUACAGACCAGCGUAAAGGCAAUGAUAUGGGCGAUGACUCAGCGGUGGUUAUCGAGACAAAGCGAGAUUACUCCACCGAACUCAGCGUGACCAUUGCGGUGGGUGCUUCUCUCCUUUUCCUCAACAUUCUGGCCUUUGCAGCACUUUACUACAAGAAGGAUAAGCGCCGUCACGAAUCCAACCGACGUGGGCCCAGCCCACAGCGGAACUCUGCACCAGCUAAUGCAGUGGCUAACGCCAAUGACAUAGCACAUUUGCAGAGCGAGGAGGUGAUGUCGCUCCAGAUGAAACAGCAGCAGAUGGAACACGAGCACCAUCAUGAGUGUGAUGCUCUGCCAGGUCACGAUACGCUUCGUCUUACCUGCCCAGCCGAUUACACACUUACUCUACGACGUUCGCCUGAUGACAUCCCACUCAUGACGCCAAGUACCAUAACAAUGAUUCCUCACUCUCUGGCCGGAAUGCAGCCCCUGCACAAUUUCAACACGUUUGGAGGUAGUCAGAACAGUACCAACCUGCCCCAUGGGCACUCCACCACCAGGGUAUAGCUUUGUGCUGUGCACUAAAAGAUCCUUUUCAGAACUCUAGGACAUGGUCUGCUAAGGCAUUGGGGGUUAAGGUCCUUUGUUUGUCAUGGCAAACUGUGCUGACUUUGUUCCACUCUGAGACUUAUAUUGGUGGAUUAGAUGUUAUUUUCCUAUGAAGCCUUCUUGCAGAAUAUAUCAAAGUCAAAUAUGACCUACUUGCGAAAAAAAAUGAAUGUUACUAAAGUAAUACUUUAUUUGGAGACAAGCUUGGUAAGGGCAGGGGACUUUACACCAAAAGACAAGAACUCUCUCCAAAGGACUAUUUUGCUUGUAUAGACAACAUAUACACCAACACAAGAGAGGUUAAAGGAUCUGACGAAGCUUUGUACCAUACCAUAUGUCAUAUACCAAGAGCAACAAUGAGAGCAAUGUUAUUAUACGAGAACUAUAUUUCAGAUGAACACAUUAAUAUUAUUUUCUGAGAGUGUUUUCACAUACCCAACCUGUGGAUUGAACUCAAAAAUCCCAGCCUGAAAUGUAAUUAUAACAAAAUUU